GAGGCCACAGCGCAAUCCUGAGCUCAUUGCAGUCUCACAGGGACUGUGACACUGCUGCAGCCUCACACAGACUGAUGUUUCUCUUUUCUUACCUUCCAACAGCAUGGSAUGGGCAUCCCUUCCAUUUCCAUCAUGCUUCACGAGCUGAUCAAACUGCUGCACCAUGCGAGAUGCCGGGACGUUACCAUCAUACGCAUCGGUACCUCUGGAGGCUUAGGGAUUGAGGCCGGCUCUGUUGUGAUCACCGACACGGCUGUGGACUCCUCCUUCCAGCCACGUUUUGAGCAGGUGGUGCUGGGUGAUGUGGUGGUGCGCAGCACCGAGCUGGACAAGGAGCUUGCAGAGGAGUUACUCGCCUGCAGCAGGGAGAUCCCUGACUUCCCCACACUCAUUGGCCACACCAUGUGCACCUAUGACUUUUAUGAAGGUCAGGGGAGAUUAGAUGGUGCAUUAUGCUCUUUUUCCAGUGAAAAAAAGUUGGCGUAUUUAAGGAGGGCAUAUGACGCUGGUGUGAGGAACAUUGAAAUGGAGUCCACGGCAUUCGCUGCCCUGUGUGGGAUGUGUGGCCUCAAAGCCCCUGCAGAUCACAUCCCAACCGAGUUCCCAUCCAGCAACAGUGUAAAGAUGGUCAAGACACUGAUUUUCAGCUUAAGAAGAGAUUUGUGCCGUGCAUAAAUUUCCAAGAAAAAGGCACAGCCCACAGAUUGUUACCACUGCCCUUUUGUACAGUGGAAGAACUUUCACUGACUGGGGCAGGUGAAAACRAAGCACUCUUGUAAAUAAAUGCAUAAGAA